AGCCACCUGCAUGAAGGCUGAGGCUUGUUCGAGCUUUAAGAAAUAUCCAAAUCGGGCAAUCGAAACGAUGCUACCCUAAGCAUCUUAGUCCCCAUCCUUAAGAUGGAAAUGUGAGCAGGUUGCAUAACACUAGACCUCCUUUUGGGUUAGAACAUCUAAUGGUAACCAAUGAUAUCGUGAUAUUCCACUAACCCUCGUCAGCGCCCUAUGUUCAGCUGCGGAAUAGUAGGUGCAUCAAUUCCUCCGUUCCCGAACCCAAGACACAUCAUUGUGAGCAGGCCGCAUAAACCGCAUAGGGCAGUCCGAGGAAACCCACUCCUUUCAUCACCACGACUUCAACGUCCGCCAGCAUAAUGAUUAGUACGUAUCGGCUUGAACAUUCAACGGCUCCGCGCAUUCACCUCGCAUCAAUGCCACAAUUGGCUGAGGCGAUAAGCAGGGAAGACGACUGGACAGGGACCAACGAUGCUGCAGCACGCAGACGGGCACAGACUAGACUCAAUACAAGGGCAUACCGGAAACGCAAAGCAUUAGCGAAAAAGGCCGGAGCCGAAGUAUCCGGUGUCGUGGCCGGGUCGCUAAUCAAAUCAGAAAGUUUGGUGGAAUGCUGGAACGAUGGGCAGCAAUCCGUUUCCAUCAUCCCAGCGUCCCGUAUUAAGCGACUAUACAAUGCGAGGAAGCCCCUAUUACCGGAUAAAGUCAGCAAAGACCGGCUUAGUGUUGUCUUUCCCCUCUGUCCAGACCAUCUCAUCACACUCCUCCAGUUUAACGCGCUUCGCGCCCUGGCCGUUAAUCGCACUCUCAUAUCAGGCAUCCUAACCACGCCACUUGACUGUGGGGAGGAAACUAUUCACAUAGUCCCCUAUCCCACGAAACCAGAAUUAAUUCCUUCGACACUCUUGCCUACCACUCUUCAGCAGACGGUGCUACAUGGCGACUGGAUCGACAUGUUCCCAUGUCCCGAGGGACGAGACCGGCUAAUACAGGCCGCCGGAACUUUCGACGAGGACGAACUAUGGGCCGACUGCAUCGGUGGACUGUUUGAGGGCUUUCCGGAUGAUGAGAUCGAACGGCGCGGCAUCAUUGCGUGGUCGCCGCCGUGGGAUAUCACGGGGUGGGAGAUGUCAGAAGGGUUUCUGAAGAAAUGGGGAUGGUUGUUUAAGGAGUUUCCGGGGGCAUUAGAGGCGACGAAUCGGUGGCGGAUAGAGAGAGGUGAGGAACCAUUUGUUAGCGAUCAACCGUAGUCUGCCCCUGCUGGAAUGUUAGGCGUUUCG